CUUGCAAAGGUCGAUGGGCUCUUCUCAUACUUUGCGCUAUUUCCUUGGCCUCCGUUACAAAGUUCAUGACCAUGCAUGCAAAUGCAUCCUCAAAUUCGAUCAGAAUUGUACAGGAAACCAGUGAUGGUAGGAAUUCAAUCCGAAGAAUCGCGGAUUGCCCGUCUAUGUCCUGAACCAAGGCUCGACUGGAUUGAGAAGAACGAAUGUCUUGCCUGACCGUCCAUCGCCUGCAAAAGGACAUCGCAGUGCGCAGGCCAUAGGUGCUCCGUGGGACGAAACAGGAACGUGGCAGAUCAACUUCCACUUGGCGAGAUUUUGCGUUUGCAGUGAAGCUUUCCUCCUCUCAGCAGCAGUCGGUUCGCGCUCGUAGAAGCUGGCGCUGGCGCAGAACAUGUUGCAGGCUCUAUCGACAGAGCAGGAAUGGCUGCUCUGGCGUGCUGUGUGACAUGCGCAUCGGCCUCGCACAGGUCCUCUUUCGAUGCUGCCUGGCUCGAUCACCACCGGCAUCAUAAGCGCGUCAAUCUUGGAAGCUCUCGAACCUGUCAUCCCCUCAAUCCGAACCCUCUGGCUGUCAAAUCCAGCAUCCCCUGCAAUAGUCAAGCUCAUUUUCUCCAUGUCUCUGCCACCCAAAACAUCGACGGGGAGUCCAGUAGAAGCCGGACUUCGGCAGUCAGUGGCUCGGGAGUUCAUGGAAGCUCGUCUCCUGAAGGGGACGCGGGGAGCUUCGAAACUACAGAGAAUUCGGUGGAGGACAGCAGUGGUUUAGUAGUCGAGGAGAGGGAAAGGUCAUCAGGGAUGCAGAGUCAAAUCGCGGAGGUGCAUGAGCAAGUUUCGGCGGUUGAAAAUGGGGAGGAUGGACUAUGGAGUGUUGUGAUUCCUACUUAUAAUCGGCUGCCCAUCUUGACCAAGUGCUUGCAAGCCCUGGAGGAGCAGGUGGACUACGAGCUUGGCGGAGUUGCCAGAUUUGAGGUCAUCGUUGUUGAUGAUGGCUCCACCGACGGGACGGUCGAAUUUCUUACGAGUGAGAGAGAUGAAGCUCAUGAGGGUUGUCAAAAUGUGGAUAGUCAGGCAGACGAGACGAGAGAUGAAGACUCGGGGAGAAACAGUAGAAAUUGUAGAGUGCAUGGUCAAGAAACAGGGGCAGGCAGCAGGCCGUUUGCUCAGCAGAGCAGACGAUUUCCUCAUGUAAAACUCGUGAGGCAGAAGCAUGCGGGUGCCACGACUGCCAGGAAUCUCGGACUGAAGCACGCCAGUGGUGCCAUUAUUGUUUUCAUCGACUCGGACCUGGUGGUGACGAGGAGCUUUCUCAGGGCCCAUGGACAAGCCCUUCGUGAGGCUUUUCUAGAAGACGGAGAUGACCGGGCCUUCACCUACGGUCGCGUCGUUAACACUUCAAACUUCGAAAAUCCCCAAUCUGAGAAAGUCAAGAUCACUGAUUACUCAGCUGCCUUUUUCGCCACUGGUAACGUGGCCAUUUCUCGUCGGCGAUUGUUAGAAGCUGCAAAGCUUCUAGGUGCGGAUGCUGAUGGUCCAUUUGAUGUGGUUUUCAGCGAGUACGGCUGGGAGGAUCUUGAGUUGGGAGUGAGACUGAAGCAAGGUGGAGCCAGGAUCAAACAUGCUCCCGAAGCCGUGGGUUACCACUGGCAUCCUGCCUUUUCAGUUAAUCAGCUGCCUAAGCUCAUUGAGCAGGAAAAACAAAGGGGUCGUAGUGGAGUUCGAUUUUACCAAAAACAUCCGAAUCUGAAUGUGCAGCUGAUGAUCCAAAUGACCCCUUUUCAUGAAUUAUUGUGGUUUAUUUUGACAUUAGGAGGCUUGUUGAAUGAAAGAACAUUAGAACCCAUCCUCCGCCAGUUGGAGAUGAAAGAUAUGAACCGGAUCGCUGCUGCUCUUGUUUCUCCGGUCUUGAACUGGCACACUGUUCAAGCUGUGAAAGAAGAAGCUAAGAGGCUAAAGGUGAACUGAUUUGGUCCCUCAAAGUUUCACACUUCUUAUUAGUAGUCCUGGCAUCCUGACAUCGCCUAUAAAUCCAAGUCAUAUUUCGUCUUAUUUUCACUUGGCCAUUAGGUAACUGCUUCUUGCAUCUCCUGCCGGCAUGGGGAGAGUUUCAAAAUUAAGUGUCAUGAAAUGGGGUUCAUGCUCCUUCACCAUGUCAGUCUACCAUAGCAGCAAAACAAACACCGUUGUAUGAUUAGAAAGAUCAGCAAGGGGACUGAAGGAUCAUUGAGUGGAAUUCGAAGCUUGUUAUGGGUUUGAAAAGACUUACAGACUGAAUAUGUGAAAGGUUACAAUCAAUUGCAGUGUACAAAAUUGUGGUAUGGAGCCAUAUGACGAAAGUGGUCUUUCGAAGAGUUCAAUUAUAUAGCACCUUGCUCUCUUGGAAAUUUUCCUUCAUCAAUUGUAUUUCUGAAGACUGAUCAUAAGUCACAUCUGACUAUUAUGACGAGUAAAGGUUGGUUGGCAUC